AUGCACAAGCUAAACUAUAAAGCAGUGGCCAUUGAUGCUCUUAAUGCUCUGAUUGCUUUAAGCUCAGCGCGAAAACGCAUAAUUGCACUGGAAAGCCUGAUGCGUCGCUACGUGGGCUUUAAAUUGAUUGUUUUUCAUUUUUUCCAAUUAUAUGUCUCCAAGAAGCGGCGCAUAUACAUCGAGCAGGGAGUGGAUGCUGCUUAUGAUUUAAUGGGUAUUAACAGUUGA